AAUAUUCGGGGCCUCUUUCGAGUGAAUCUCCUCCCUAGGACGCCGUCAGACUCCCCUUAAACUGGUUCUGAUACAGCAGCGUUUUUGUUGACUUGUGUGGAGUUAUCAAAAAAAAGUGGUUGCUUGGUUUAUCGAAACAAACUUAUUUCCCCCACCUACUCUAAAUAAAACACAAACGUGGUGUUUGUAAUGGAAAUGUCAUCUUUGAUACGCGCGAUGUUUGAGUGUCGUGGUUCUCCGAACCUGAAGGUGGCAGUGAGGAGCACUAGAUAAAGAGUCAGCAGCCUCGAACUCAGCCUUAGCAGAACGGGACGAGGCUUGUUUUAAAGCAGGUAGUUGUAGAUCUAAUGGGGUCUGAGAGGCGCUCCAGAUGAUCUGAGUCGGUUCUACAUGCAUGUAAACUCCUGUUCCCGACAGGAUUCCAGCGACGCGGAGUCUGGGCUGUGCUGUGCUCCGUGUCCGCCGCUCGGCAGCCGUGUCCGAGUCAGUUGAACACCAUGGUUGAGAACUCCCCGUCUCCUCUGCCCGAGCGGGCGAUCUAUGGCUUUGUGCUUUUCCUGGGUUCGCAGUUCGGCUUCUUGCUUUAUUUAGUAUGGGCGUAUAUUCCUGAGUCCUGGCUCCACUCUGUUGGAUUGACGUACUGGCCUCAAAAGUACUGGGCUCUUGCCUUGCCGAUCUAUCUACUGGUUGCUUUAACAGUGAGUUUGGUGGUACUGUUUGGAGUCAAUAUGAUCAACACAGCUCCCCUGUUUUCUGUGGACAACAUCACAGAUCACUUUGCUAAGAGUCAGCGCCUGGAUACUGGGGAGGAUGGAGCCAUUCCCAGACUUCGGGAUGUGUCUAUCACUGAAGUCAACCAUCACUUCUACCUCUCACAACAUGAACUCCAGGACCUCAGGAACCGAGGGCCCAAAAUUUCUGAUCUGCACUGAUCCAUACAGACAGGCAGCAUCCAGGAUCAGUUGUCGUCAGUCCAGGCUUUUGAGUUUGCUGAGGUUUUAGAUGCACCUUUUCCAUCACUCACUCACGACAGGACAGGCAUUUGACUUCAAGAUGAACUCUUGCUGAAGACAUGGUAAUCACAUGACCCUCAGAGGACGACACCUCUCAAUGCAGUGAUGAAAAACUUUACCCAGACUGUUACUUCUCAGAAAAUCUGCUUGAGUAAAAGUACUAGCCCACAAAACAACUUGAGAAUUAUUGUAUUAUAAAAGUAUGUAAUUUUGCAGUUUUUACUUAUGACUGUGGCUGUAAAAAAGUAAAAUAUGCACUUUAUACUUGUGUGUGGACAGUAAAUAUUGAAAAAGUGAA